CCUAACACCAUUUGCAUCAUUGCCAUCGACUGAAGCAUUUCACUACUCAUUACCUACUCCGUAACAUCGCCUUGUGAUCUAAUAAUGGCUUCAUCACCUUUUGUCCUCGACAUCAAGGAGAAAGAGAUAAAAGAAGCCAAGGCACCAUCUUUCCCUCAGAUCAAGCCAGGCGCCUCGGGAUUUCCAGAACACAAAAAACGUAGCAAACCAUCGGCAUUCAAACAGAAGCGACAGGGCCUACAACCUGACCAUCAGAUACCGAAGGUCCCUUCCUCGCCUCCAAACAAUAAACCUCUCGGGUCAUCACAUCAUGAAUCGAAACCUGCGCCCUCGGGCCAGAGCUUCAUGGCCAACGAGAAGAUCAACAUAGAUCGCGAGAACAGCCAGAAACUAGCAUCCAUGUCGCCGCAAGAAAUUGAAGAAGCGCGACGAGAGCUAUUUAGCGGUCUAGACUCAUCCAUACUCGAAAGGUUGUUGAAGCGCGCGAAUCUUGAUGAGGCUGCUAAUAUCUCAAACUUCGAUGACCUAAACCUAUCUUCAAAACCCUCGCCUUCGACGGUGGCGGAGACGGUGUUCGAGACAGGCGACGCACCAGAAAUACGAGUAGAGGAUACAUCUGCCGACACAGAUAUGAAGGCUACUAUAAAUCAAAGCCCAAAGGAACAGAGCACCACGAUUGCGCAAAGCGACACAAAAACAACACCUCCGAAACCAUACGUUUCCGAUGAUACAGACGAGCGCGAAACGCCCCCUGAUCAGACCACCGAUCCAAAAAAUCACAAUCCAGCCGUCGACGAUGACAGCGCACCGAAAGAGCCUCCCAAAGAACACAUAAUCGACCCGUCUGCCCCCGAGCUAGAAGGCGCCCACUGGCCUCGUGCGCCACAACCCGCAGACCUCGACCCUUCAGAUCCAAACUUCCUCCAAAACCUGCACGAGAAAUACUUCCCGUCGCUCCCGGCCGACCCAUCGAAGCUAGCCUGGAUGGCGCCCAUCCCGACACCGAACUCGGCCGCGGACCGCGACAGCCCGUACUACCCAGGGCAGGACUCGCUGCCCGUAUCAGCGCUGCGCUUCGACUUCCGGGGCGCGCUUCUGCCGCCGCGCAUCUCGCGCGCCGUGCCGACGUCGAAGGGGCUGCACCACCACGGCGAGGCGCCCGAGGCGGCAGGUUACACGAUCCGCGAGCUGGCGCGACUGGCGCGCAGUGCCGUACCAGGCCAGCGGUGCGUGGCGUACCAGACUCUCGGGCGGAUUCUCUACCGGCUAGGCGCGGGAGAGUUCGGGGGCGUCCACCCGGACGACGUGAGCAUGGGCAUCUGGCGCGAAUUCUCCGAAGGCGCCGUGCUGCGCAGUCUACACGAAGAGGUCGGCGCGGAGGAGGGUCGCGGUCGCGGGCAUCGCAGCGCGAGGGCGUAUGCGACGGAGGCGAUCUGGCUCUUUGAAAAGGGGGGUUGGAAGGAUAGGUUGAAGAAGGCCUGAUUAAAUUCAAAUCCAAAUCCAAAAAAAUAAACCAAGCAGAAGAGAAGGGAGAUAAAAAUCCGUAAUUCCAUACCUUGCCAAUGAUACCACCACCACAUUCCUCAUUCCUUUCUACACAGUGAGAUAAAAGGAUUCAUCACCGAGACUACAAGAAGAAAAGCAAAUCAAGUUCUUCAUCACUAGUUAGUACAGACACGAAUGGAAAAACAUACAACGCAAACCAAGUACGUAUAGGUAAAAAAGUUCAAAAACAAAAAAGGGGUUUUUACUCCGGUGGUAGAAAAAGAACGAUUUUUGAACACGGUGAUUUGCUUGACGACAGACAGACAGACAAAAUACA